AUGCUUGGCUUUCCGGGUAAUUGUUUUUUAAACUAAGCACUCUGUUAGGAAGUCACUAUAUUAAUCAUAGAAGUGCAUAUGAUCAGAUAGGGUUUACCUGUGAAGCGAUGAGGCCAGCCACCCUGUCGCUGGUUUGCGCAAUUUUUAUACAGCGCAGAAAAAUCAAUUUUCGGAUUUUUGGUUCCUUUGUACGUCGUAACGAAUCCAAAGAAAUUAUUUGUAGUACAAUGAAGUUAUUCCAAGAGGCACCAUUUUUAAAGGUAAUUUUUGCAUGAUUAAUGUUACAAAUACUUUAUUAAAAUGAUUAAUUAAAGCAAUAAAUUGAAUAACCAAACAUGGUGUCCGUCUUUGUAAGGUUACAAAAGUUCACGUUUAUAGAAAUGAGACUUUCCCGUUCAGAAAUCUCAUGACAUUUAGAUUUUUAGUGAUUCGAAUGAACCCGAUUCACAGUCGUGACUUAAAUAAAAUAUAUAAAGUAAAAAAAAAAAAGAAAAUGAGGGACCUUAUCGAAAUAGUUCGAAUCGUCGACAAAAAGUGAUAUUUACUUCACAAGCCAUGUUUAUUGCUGUGUGUAGGCUGUGAAAUUAAUAAGCAAGCAAGUUUGAUAAUUCAUGACGCCAUUCUAACCGACCAAUUAGGUGUCGUCCUGGAAAUAACCACGCAGCAUGAGACAGAAACAAAAAUAGAUUUCAAGAAAUUUUCAUUGGAAGAGGAACAUGUUAGGAGGAUCUAUUCUCUUUCUUCCCGCAUGCACUCUCUUGAUAAAGCGCAGUAUAGUGUUACUCAAAGAAUAAACUCUCUUUAAAUAUCGCUCUUUAGGAGCUCUAUCCGCGCCUCGAAGUGCCACAUUCGAAGAAGCAACAGGAACUAUUCGGCUUGGUGACGUUGGUUGUAACGGAAGUGAAACAAACCUCGCUCACUGUUCACACAAAGAUUAUAUCGCGGACUGUAAUCACUUACAUGAUGCUGGUGCUGUUUGCCGAGCGGGCGUCCUGGACCCACAGCCAAGCAUACCAUGUAAAUGAAGUAGUAUGUAUAAUAAGUUAUGUCUCAUUCCGUAAACUACGAACUUAGUUUGCCUACAGUUAAGCAUUCUAGAACUGAGAUAUCACUUAAUUAUCAUUCCAUUUUUCCUUAAGCCUGAGCUUUGAUUAAAAAAAUUACAUUUUAUAUUUAACUGAGAUUAGGAAAUUUUGCUUAGUUUUUAAAUUCUGUUGUAUAUGAAGCGAAAAAAAAAUUAUUAAAUAGUCGAGAGCUCUUGUAAGUUGUAAGCAAACUGUGAAGCAUCAGGCUAGAUUACCAAGUAUUUAUUCAUUAAAGUUUCGCUCAGUUUCAUGAAACUAAUAAAAAAACUGCAGUUUUUAGUUAUUGUCUCAUGGUGACAAAUUGCAAGAAAAGCAAAAUUAGGUAAUAUGUUGAGAGUAUAACUAUUUUACAAAGUCUCGGUGCCCUUCAGUGCAGUAACCAAAAGGAAAGUUUUAAAAUAUAUAUCGAAAAAAAAAUGUCUCAAAGGUUGAGACAUUUCUGAUAUGAUUGUGUUUCAUUUGUAGAUCGUCUUGUGGGAGGGUUAAGCCGUAGUGAAGGCCGAGUGGAGGUGUUUCAUAAUCGACAAUGGGGAACAAUUUACAACAGAGGCUCAGAUCUAACAGCUGCAACAAUCAUGUGUCGGAUGCUAGCCUAUACUGGUGCCAUGGAAACGCCAAGUUAUGGCAUGGGCUUUGGUCGUAUUUGGCUUAGUGAAAUUGCUUAG